AGUUAAUACUGUUUAAGACUGGACCUAUUAUGAGGAUUUUUUUCAGACAUUGGUAUUGAUUUUGAAGUGUUUAAAUUUUAAUAGACCAUUAAAAGAAAAUUCUGAUAAUUGUGUGCAUAGUUUGGGAGCACAAAAAUUGAUUAUCUCAUUUAAAUUCAAUAUUUCUGCUAGAAUCAUGUGAUGAAAGAGAAUAGUGAAUCAAUUAUUGGUUGCUGAUAGAAACAGGCUGUCUUAUAUCUCUGGUGUUUAUUUACAGUAUUUGUGAUAAAUUUACAUAUAUAGAUUUAUUGUUGCGAGUUUGUUAAUGAGUUAACACUAAUUAGCAGUUAUUGUUAUGUACAUGUAUUGGAGUAGUAAACAUGUGAUAGACUUCCAAUAUUUUUUUAACUGAUGUGAAUUAUACCAGAAUUAUUGAACUUGGGUUGACAGUGGAUGUUUGAUUGAUUGGAUUUGGUAACAAAUGAGGGAAGAAGGGCUUUUACAGAUGGCUUCAGCAAGUGACUCCAAAUGGCAGAAAGAUGCAGCCGACCAGAAUUUUGAUUAUAUGUUCAAACUGUUAAUUAUAGGCAACAGCAGUGUAGGAAAGACCUCUUUUCUCUUCCGUUAUGCUGAUGACUCUUUUACUUCUGCAUUUGUUAGCACAGUAGGAAUAGAUUUUAAAGUUAAAACAGUAUUUAGACAAGAUAAAAGAGUGAAAUUACAAAUAUGGGAUACAGCUGGUCAAGAACGUUAUAGAACUAUAACUACUGCAUAUUACAGAGGUGCUAUGGGCUUUAUACUUAUGUAUGAUGUUACAAAUGAAGAAUCUUUUAAUGCUGUACAAGAUUGGUGUACUCAGAUAAAGACACAUGCAUGGAGUAACUCCUCUGUGACACUAGUGGGUAACAAAUGUGAUUUAGAAGAAUCCCGUGUCGUUUCUACUAAAGACGGGGAAGAAUUAGCACAGAAUUUAGGAUUAGAAUUUUUUGAAACAUCUGCAAAAGAAAACAUCAAUGUCAAAGCAGUGUUUGAAAGAUUGGUGGACAUCAUCUGUGACAAGAUGUCUGAAAGUCUAGACUCAGACCCAUCCCUUGUUAACAGCCAGGCUAAAGGAACACGUCUCACAGAAAACCCCAACCCACAGAACAGUGGUUGUCAAUGCUGAGAACGCUGUUGAUUGGAUAGUAGAAAGGACAAUUUGAUCUGAGGAAUAAGAGAAUAGAUUGUGUUUUAAAACAUUGGAUUAUAUGAAUAUCAAAAUGCUGAGAUAUAUAUCAUAAAAAAAUGAUAUUCAUUAUACAAAUAUUCCAUGACCAAGCAUUUAAUAGUCUUAGCAUAAUAACAUUCCUUCUAGUAGUACAUACUUUUAUAUUGAAUAACAAGAAGAAUAGUGUCAAAGUUUGUAAUUACCUUUCCUCACUUAAUCUUUUUCAAGUUAUGACCAUCAGCUUCCAGAUAGUAAAAACGUUAUAGUCUUGAAAUAUGAUAGAAAAAGUUAAAAGGGUUGUAAUUUAUAUUUAAUUUUGUUUUUAUGUUUGCAGGGAUCAUUUUCAACUUUUACUUUCAAAACGUUAAAAUAGAUGAGAAAAAAAAAGGUAAAAUUUAACAGAUAUUUUGAAUUUCAAUUCAAUAAAAUAUCCUGUUCAAUUGAUCGAAGUGAACAUGAUCCCUGUAUAAUGACUGUUUUGGAGGCUGUGUAUGGUUAUUGAUUUGUAGUAUAUUUGUAGAUAAUUUGUAUAUUCUGUAUUUAUUGUGCCCCAGUGUGUUUUCUUCUUUAUAUAUCCUAAUGGAUGUGACGUCUACUUAGGCACAAGCUGUAAAUAUAAGGGUCAAAUAUUCUCAUUCAUCUUGGGUAUGAAUCUGAGAAUGACAUUCAUAUGAAAAAACACAACAUGCUUCUAAAUGACAAUUUUACUUUGUUGAAUGUUUGAAAUGUUUCAGUAAAAUUUGAUGUCAGAAACGUAAGUCAUUUGUUAGUUGCCAAAAUGAUCAUAUUUCUCAUAUCAUUAUCAACUGAUACAUAUAUCAGCCUUUUUCAGUUGUUUACCAAAAAAAUUAGACAUCAUUAAUGACUAUCCAUGCAACAUGCUGAAAGUUGAUGAAUGUGUUUGUAUUCAUUGCUCAGAUACACACUUUCUAAAUAUAAGGCCAUUCAAAAUAGGAAUCUUGGUCUAAAAUUCAAUUAUUAGAAGACCAUGUUGAACAGUAAGGUCAUGUAAAACUAUUGUCUGGUUGCUUGAUUUCUUUUCACUAAAGAAAAAAUUGUUAGAAUGCCAGAGAUAGAGUGUACUCAACUAAUUUAAAUUUAUUUUGUUUUAAUCAACAUUAUUGAACUUUUGAUCUUGGAAUUUUGAUGUUAAUUUGUUCAAUUAUGGUUGUAUUAUUAUAAGUGUAAUUAUUUACACAGUCACUAAGAGACAGAUGCUAAAAGAACACAAAACUACUUAUAUGUAAAAAUCGGUGAAAAUUUUGACUUGUCUUUAUUUUUUUUAGUUUAAUAAAUUCUUCAUGUAAAUUGUAUUUGGAAAAAAUGGUAUUGUGACACAUUUUUUUCUUCUUCAUUUACUGGAACUAUUUCAAAGAAAUUGUUAAUGAUUUCAUAUCAUUUUGUUGUUCAUAUAAUGAUAUACCAGUGUUAAUCAUUUCUUGGCUUAACAUAUACAAGAAACAGUGGUUUUGUAAAAAGAAUUCCAAUAUUAUUGCAUUCCAUGAAAUCCAACUCGUUAAUUUACAAAUAUUUUGUUGUUUUCUUAUUUCUAUUCUUGAAUUAUAUUUAUAUAUUUGUUGACUUUGUUUAUAAACAAAAUUUAGUUGUUAAUUUGUGGCAUUGCAAUUUAUAUAUAUUGAAUUUUAACAAUCUCAGAAAUCUAUUUAUAUAUCUUGUGAAAUCCGUUACUAACUAUUUGGUUGUGGUAUGUUUAUAUUUUACAAGUAUAUUUUGUACUCUGCCAGAUUUUUUUUUAUUAUUUUGUUAGUUUUGCCUCACGAAAUUUAUGUUUUUUGACAUAACCGAUACAUUGUAUAUGUUUACAAGUUUUACCAUGAUUUACAUCUCGGCAAGCGCUUACGAAAGCCUAACUUUAUAUUUUGUUGUUUAUUUUCUCAUUUAUUUAACUUCAUUUAUUUAAUAAAAACUAAACAAUGCAUUGCAUCCUCUAAAUGGCUAGCUUAUUAUACUUUUCAAUUAUUUUUUGUGUCAUUAUGGCAGAUAUUAACAAUUAUGUCAAGCAAAGGGUAAAUUACAAUGUUCGCUCUGAUGUGCAAUUUAAAUUUGUUUUUUAUGGUUAACCAAUGGAGCUACAGCUGAAUUGUUUUUAGUUCAUAUUUGGUGAGUAACUUCCUUUGUACUCGAGCACAAAGUUUAGUGAUAUUAUUGAUCAUCUUGACUGGCAGAGUAGGACUCAGAUUUUGAUUGGUUAACAUUUGUUUUAUAAUUUGUGCAAUCAAAAUUAUUUUUGUUUCUGUUAUUUAUUUUUACUGAUACCUAUAACAUCACUAUGAUUAUCAUACAAUAAAGUUUAUCAGUUUAACCUUGUAAUAUGUUCAAUGUAAGGCAAUAAAAACUAAUCUUUUGGUUCUCAUGCCAUGGUGGGUUAACCUUCAAAUUCACAAAUUCAAAGUGCUUUACAGGCAAAUAUUCAGAUUUCUGUUCCUUUUUUAUGCCCCUUCCGUAGCUGAGGGGGCUUAAGUUUUACCCUUGUCCGUCUGUACGUCCCCAAAUUGGUUUCCAUUCUCUAACUUUAGUUUGCCUCAACCAAACGUUAUGAAUCUUAUACAUAAUGCUUAUUACCACAAAACACAGAUCCAAAUUGAAUUUUGGUGGCGUCACUUUAACCUUUCUAGAGUUAUGCCCCUUUACAAAUGAAAAAAUUGCUGAAUUUUUCGUUUCUGUUCUCUUCAGUUUGCCUCACCCAAAUGUUAUGAAACUUAUACACAAUGGUUAUUACCAUAAAAAUCAGAUCAAGUACGAAAAUUUGGUAGUGUCACUUUUACCGUUCUUGAGUUAUGUCCUUUUAUAACGUUAUAUGCAGGCGGGGGCAUUAUCUGUGUCCCAUGGACACAUUCCCCAUUUAUUUAUAACUGGUUUGUAUUUGUUCUUAAUAAAUCUAGAUAAGUUUUACAUUUUAUUAACGGUAUUGAGAACUACCAUUGAGAAAUCUUGUUUCUUCUCACAUGUCGCCAUAAAAGGCUUUAUGGUCAGUUUAGGCAAUUCAUAAUUUCCUUGACCAAUCAUGCGUCUUGUGCAAUUUAAAAUUAAAAAUUAAAGGUAAAUUCCUCUUGCCAUGCCCUAUAGGUUUUGGAAGAGAAUCUUAACAUUAUUUUUUAAGGCCUUAAUUGAGAAAUAUAUAACAUCUACAAUAUUGAUGUUAAUAACAAUAGCACUAUCAUGCAGCUUCAGUCCAUGUACAGUAGUAUUUGUUGAAAAUAUCACCACAAAUCUUAUUUCAUGAUAUUAGUGUGUUGCAUUUACUGAUUAAAUGUAAUGAGUACAUACUGCAUUUCAAAUUUUGAUAGUUGAAUGUUUGAAAUUAUACCAGAUAACACCUAUUUCCUUAAUUGUCACUACUAAAUAUAUACAGAUUGUUGAAGGGUCUAUAAAAAACUGAACUAUAAAGUCAAAAUUACUCUGACACAAAUCUAUUGAGUUACAGUUACAGAAGAAGCAGUUGUAUUGAUUUUUAACAGCUAUUUAGUAUUAAAUCCUAAAACAGUCUGAAUAGAUUUAACCAGUUGUAAGAAAAUUGAUAUUUUAUGUGUAGAUCUUUGCAAAAUACUUUUACAAGUAUAUUGAAAGAUAACAAUUUGUUGAUGAACAGAAUCAAACAUAUAAAAGAUUGCAUUUUAGUUUUUUUCCAUAUUAUUCUAUUUUACAGAUUCAUUUUUUAAUUUAAACAUUUAGUUUACUCCAGUAAAUUAAGCUUUGAAAUCUUUGACAAGAAGACAAUUACAUACAAUGAUAAUUUCACAUAUAAGCAAAAAUAGGAAUGAAACAUUCAUUUCACCAAGUAGCCGUAUUUUUGUACCAGUUUCUCUCCUUGUGUAUUUGGUGUUGUAAACAAUAACUAGACUGUAUCUAGGAUUGAAGCUCAUCUGAUGUGAUAAGCACGAUAGGGUCAUAUUACGGCACAAUGUUAUUAGAACUGUCUGUAGUGACAGCCUUAUAAUAAAACUGUUAAUUGCA